AUGUCUGUGACCAGGCCGUUCCAAAAGACGCUCACCGACGAAGAAUCAUUAAAGAAGAAAGGCUAUAUAGUCGGACCCGUUCUUGGCGAGGGGUCGUAUGCAAAAGUUAAAAGUGCUUACAGCGAACAAAAGAAAGAACGUGUGGCCAUCAAGAUCAUCAACCGAAAGAAGGCACCAAGGGAUUUCCAGAAAAAAUUCCUGCCGCGAGAACUUGAAAUUGUGAAGGAUAUUAGCCAUAAAAAUAUCAUCCAAGUCUUUGAUGUAAUGGACUUGGGAGAUCGAGUAUACAUCACCAUGGAAAUAGCGGGACAUGGUGAUCUAUUGGAUUAUAUCAAACUUCGCGGUGCAAUCAAGGAAGAGACGGCGAAUCAAAUGUUUCUAGAAUUGUGCGAUGGCAUUGAGUACUGUCACGAGAAGAACAUCGUCCACAGGGACCUCAAAUGCGAAAACAUACUGCUGGACGUCAACAACCACAUCAAAAUCACCGACUUUGGAUUUGCUCGACGCAUCCAUGACGGCGACAUGAGUAAAACCUUUUGCGGCAGUGCCGCCUACGCCGCACCGGAAAUCUUACAAGGUAUUCCGUAUGAUGCUACGGGAUACGACAUCUGGAGUAUGGGUGUGAUACUGUAUAUCAUGGUGUGUGGCUCAAUGCCUUACGAUGACACUAAUGUCAAGAAAAUGGUAAAAGAUCAGAUGGAGAAAGGACUUGGAUUUUCACGCUCCAAGAAAUUAUCAACAGAAUGCAAAGAUCUCAUCAAACACAUGCUCAAUGUUAACCCAGAAGAACGCGCAAAAAUGAGUGAAUUACGAUGCAACUCUUGGAUGUCCCGGAUGAGCGCCAAAGUUAAGGAAAUAACAGACGACAAUCAAGACUAA